AAUGCUUUAGUAAUUUUUAGUAAUAAAGUGUAAUUUUUACCAACGUUAAAAAAUUUUAAAAAAUAAAAAACCUGUAAAAAUCAAAUUUACGCAAUAAAGUACGUGAGAGGAAAAUGAAUAUUACUCGUAGAUGAACUGUAAAAUCUAAUGGAAGAGUGGAUCACAGCACUGAAAGAGACCAUAUCAACACGUGAACGUCUUUGGUCUGGGACUGCUACUGAGCUUCAUGACCUUCUAAGUGGACGCCAUCGUUGGCAAGCUACAUCUCACGCUAGACCUACAUACUGCAAUAUAUGCAAGGAUACAUUAUCUGGAGUGACUUCCCAUGGAUUAAGUUGUGAAAUAUGUAAAUGGAAAGUUCACAAGAGAUGCGCUUCCAAGGUUAUCAACAACUGCAAAUGGACAACCUUAGCAAGCGUUGGAAAAGAAAUUAUCGAAGACAAAGAUGGAAACAUUUAUAUGCCACAUCAAUGGAUGGAAGGGAAUCUUCCCGUGGCAUCAAAAUGUGCAGUAUGUGAAAAAACAUGUGGAUCAGUUCUAAGACUAUUAGAUUGGCGGUGCCUUUGGUGUAAAUCUACAGUACAUACAGCCUGUAGGCCAAAUUUUCCAGUUCAAUGUAAUUUGGGACCAAGUAAAGUUAGUGUUGUACCUCCUACUGCUUUACAUUCUGUGGGUUCUGACGAUGCCUGGGAGGCUGUUAGACCUCAGGGGUGUUCCCCUUUAUUAGUUUUUGUAAAUUCAAAAUCUGGAGACAAUCAAGGUGUAAAAUUUCUAAAAAGGUUUAAGCAAUUACUAAACCCAGCACAGGUAUUUGACUUAAUGGCUUCGGGACCACAAUUAGGAUUACAGCUCUUUAAAAGAUUUGACCCAUUUAGAGUAUUGGUUUGUAGUGGAGAUGGUUCUGUUGGAUGGGUCUUAUCUGAGAUAGAUAAGCUUAAUAUUACAAAACAAUGCCAAGUUGGCGUUCUUCCUUUGGGUACAGGAAAUGAUCUGGCCAGAGUAUUGGGAUGGGGAGCAUCAUGUGAUGAUGACACAAAUUUGGCACAUAUAUUAGAUAAAUACGAAAAGGCUACUACAAAAAUUUUAGACCGUUGGAGCAUUAUGACCUUUGAGAGAUCGAUUUCAGUUUCCAAUGAAGAAAGGAUUCAUCUGGACUCCACUCUUCCUGCAAUGGCCGACUACGAGAAUUCGGUAGUGUCUCAUUUGAGUAACAUUCUUGAGUCUGAAGACCAUUCUUCAAUUCUUUCUUCAGCUAAGGUAUUAUGUGAAACUGUUAAAGAUUUUAUCAUGAGAGCCGGUGAAAUUUCUCUAAGUCAAGGUGAUGAUGAAUUAAACUUGAAAUGCACUGUUUUAAGAGAAAAGCUCGAUCAAAUGCUUAACUCUUUGUUAGAGGAAGGACUUGAAUUGGACGAAGAAAAACUUGAAAAAUACACAACAGAAAAAGCAGAAAAGGAUAAUGAAAUCAUGGAAGAAAGAGGAAGAUCAAAACUUCCGACACAGGAGCAUUUGAAAAUGAGAGCUAACAGCUUAAAACGUGCGGUCAGACAGUUGAUUGAACAUUCUGAGAGGAUAGUAGAUGAGCAGAACAUGGCCCGAUCAAGUGGUAACCACCAGGACUCUUUAAUAAGAGAGAAAAGUGAAAAUACUCUCCUUGAACCGAUUGGAAGGACUGAAUUUUUGAGCAUAUCACCUUUACCGACUAUAAGAAGGGAUUCCAAUUGUUCGACGAGUGAUAUCACACUUGAAAAUUUGCCAGUACCCACAGAAUUUGCUGAUUCGCGGAGACCUAGUGCUUCCAGGAUAAGUUCCCCAUAUACAUCAUACAUCAUCCAUUCAGCUUCUGGUCAUUUUUUUGCAGAAUGGGUGGUGCCAGAUGCUUACGACAGUUCAGAAAGAAUUCAAGUAGUUGUCAACAUCGAGCAACAGAAAGACCCUGAUCCAGAAGAGGCGGUGACUCGAGUUGCUGAAAUAGAUGAAAGCAAUCAAGAUAAUGAGAACGAAGGUAUAUUAUCUGGAUUAAAGUUAGCCGAAGAACUGGCCAAUAUUUGUCAUAUCGAUUCUUCUGAAACCUCGGAUGAAAGCCCUGAAGGAACAAAUGAACUUCAAAACAAAGACACAAGAGGUUUCAGUAUUAACUCUAAAAACUCUCUUAAAAAAAAACAUCAGAGUAUUCAGUUUAAAUCUGGUUCGUAUGAAACUGUUGAUGCUACUAACUUGAUAUCUACAAGUCCUGAUGAAGAGGACGAUUAUGAUGAUUUUAAUAGAGAACUUGGUAUAGAUAAUACAAAAAAGUGUAGUAUAGCUCAUUUCAUUGAGGGUAAUGAUAUAGCACGUAGAUCCAUCAAGUGUAGGCAUAAGAAACUGCAAUCACUAGAUGAUCUCGAACUUUGUGAGUCAUCAAAACCUGAUUCUGACAUAUAUUUACAAAUACCAACAAUUCAAAUUUCACAUUCAGAUAAUGAUUCAUCACAACAAGAGAAGUUAAAAGGCAAAGAAGAUAAACCGUCAACUUUUCUGGAUGUCGUCCAGUUUCAAAUACAAGGUUCAAAUACGAAUCUAAGAGGGAGUACUGAUGGAAUGUAUUUAACCGAUUUUCAAGAAUCACACAGAAAAAGUCUGGCUCUUUCUGAGACUGACGAUGAAGAACUAGUCAGAUUUCAUCGUUUUGCUAGUAGAGGUUCAGUUCAAAGCCAAAUUCAACCACCACAAGUAAUAGUAGAUCCUCCAUCACCAACAGGCGAAGAUACACCAACUAGACGGUUUAGCUAUGACUGUUGUAGGAAGUUGUCAGCAGCGUCACCUUGCUCUUUAAUGAAGCCAGAUUCUCCUGAUACCGGAAAAGCAGUACCAGAAAAACGAUUGCCUAUUAUUAAUCCUCUUGUGAGACUGCCUACAUGGCCUAAUAUCUCAGGUUCAGGAAUUGUUGGUAAAGUUUUGUUAGCUAAUGCAGAUGCAUUAUGUGCUGCUGCUGUACCUCUGAUGGAUCCACUCGAAACACUUUCGGAGGGGUUCAGAGAAAAAUGUGUUAUGAAUAAUUAUUUUGGGAUUGGGAUCGAUGCAAAGAUAAGUUUGGAUUUUCAUCAGAAGCGAGAAGAACACCCUGAAAAAUGUAGGUCAAGAGCUAAAAACUACAUGUGGUAUGGAGUCUUAGGGAGUAAAGAAUGGCUUCAGAAAACUUACAAGAAUCUUGAGCAACGAGUUCAAUUGGAAUGUGACGGCCAGAGAAUUCCGCUUCCAUCGCUCCAGGGCAUUGUAAUUCUUAACAUACCAAGCUUCAUGGGAGGUACAAAUUUUUGGGGAGGAACUAAAGAAGGUGAAGUAUUUCUUGCGCCAAGCGUAGAUGACCAAAUUCUAGAAGUGGUUGCUGUAUUUGGAUCGGUCCAGAUGGCUGCAUCUCGUCUUAUUAAUUUACAACACCAUCGAAUCGCACAGUGUCACACUGUUCAAAUAAAUAUUACAGGAGAUGAGGGUGUUCCUGUGCAAGUAGACGGGGAGGCAUGGAUACAACCACCUGGGAUGAUCAGAAUUAUCCACAAGAACAAAAUGAGAAUGCUAUGUCGGAACAGAGCAUUAGAAACAAGUUUAAAAUCUUGGCAAGAAAAACAAAAGCAAAGUAAAAUUCGGCCCUCUCAUUCAUUAUCCCAAAGUGAAAUGCAAAUUCUUCUUUCAUUUAUAGAAGCAACGACAACUCUUGUCAAAUGUGUUAAACUUUUAAUUAUUCGACACCCUUCAAUUGAAGCAGAAAUAUACGACUUGGCGGACAGAACAUCUUCAAACUUAGAAAAAGUUCAUCCAAGUGGCAAAAUCCAACAAGGGCCUGAAUUGAGAGUACUGUUAACUUCUUUGGUAUCAAGUGCUAGGGAAUUACAUGAAGAAGCUUGUAUGUUGUUAAAAGAAAAGGCUCAAAGUUUGAAAUUAGCUCCUGAACUGGAGUCUCAGUUGAAUUACGCUUUAACAUCAAUGGAAAACGAAUUGAGAAAGUGUCAUGUAUCAGAAAGCGGGCAAGCACUCGUCUACCUACAUCAACUUUCUGAUCAGGAAAGAAAGAGCAAAAGUGGAAAGCUGUCUUGGCUCAAGUUUCGUAGGGAAAAGUGUGAUAAAGGUGACAUACCGAAGGGAAUGUCAAGAGAAGUGAGCUCUUGGGGUGUGCAAGAGGUAGGUGCGUGGCUUGACUCCAUUCAGCUUGGCGAAUAUGCUGAAGCUUUCGCUCGACACGAUGUCAGGGGACGAGAGGUCAUUACUCUGACAAGACGGGAUUUGAGAGACCUCGGCGUUACAAAAGUGGGACAUGUUAAACGGUUACUGCACGCUGUAAAGGAAUUACAGUCUUCAGCAUGAAUGCUGAGUUAAUAGAACUGGCCAUGUUUAUUGUUUUUCUCCUGAAAGAAACAAUGUGAUAUAUAUUCAAUCGUUUGAAAUUUAAAAGAAAAAAUCAAUCUUUUGUGUUUUUUAGAGUCUUUGAAUGUUGAAAUUGAUAGUCUGAUAUAAAAUGCCUUUGAUAGAGCAUAUAGGAUUUAUAAUAAGCCUUGAUGAAUAAUUGGCGUGUUUUGUAAUUGGCCAGAUGAAAUGAUUAUAUUGAUCUCAGUGGUAUUAAAACUUUGGUUUAUCAAUUGUAAAUCGUUAUUAUUUCGAUUUAAAGUUUAAAACUAGGAAAUUCACUUAGGAAUAUAAUAUAUACAUUUCUAAUUUUAUCACCUGUGGUUUUAACUAAUAAAAAUUAAGAUUUUUAUUGCACUUUAAUGAAAAAUCUCGGAUCACCACAUAUCAUUGUGGAUUUAUCUGUUUUUCUAACUUUCUAAUCUUGGUGAGUGUAAUUAAUUUGUACUGCGUAUUUCUAUUUAUAUUGAGUUUUCAAUUUUAAAAUUGUAUACAAAAUAUUAGAUGGAUGGGACCAACAAAUGGUUGGUUACCUGAACCAAACGUUUUCCAACAUUUUGAAAUUUUGUAUGAGUAGUCAACAUCUACAACAAUUGAAAUCUUUAACCAAUUAGUACGGGUAAAAUUUAAAAACGUAAGUUCUAUUUAUUGUAUAUUUAUAUUGUUAUUAAGAUUUAACUCUAUUAGGUGAAAAUAUUUUAUCUUUCUCUAAAGCAAUAAUGGAAAUGUUUAGCAUAUGCAAUUUCAAAUUUAGCUUAUAAGGUAAUAAAUCAUAUUUGAUAUUGUUUUACUUUUAAAAUAAUGUUUUUUAUUGCACAGGACAAUCAUUAUUUAAAAAAUAAAUAAAAAUCAAAUGCAAUAUAAUUAAAUAUGCUUGUUUUUAACAGAUAAAUCUCAUAUUUUGCUUUAAAUGAUCUGAUGUAGGAAAAAAAAUUAUCUGUAUAUUUGUAGAGAAAAUCAAGAAUUUUAUUUUCUGACACUCUAAAUAGGCAAGUUUGACUGUACAUUCUGCCGCGAACAUUUUUACUACUGAAUCUUUUUUUAUUGUAAAUAGUUUAAAAGCAUAAUAUAUAAAACAACAAAUUUAUUUAUUUAUUUUUAGCAAUACAUAAUUUUCAUGUAAAAAUUAGUCAUAUAGAAUGACGAGUGUUAGAAAUAGAAGGCAAUAAAUAUUUGUUCUCUAAAACUAUAUUGUUAUAAAAAGAUAUUUUAAUGUGACAAAUUACAUAAUAAAAAAAAAUCACCCUCCUGUGAUUUACACUUGAUGAUAGAUCAAACUUGUAAUUUAAGUACAUUGAAAAGUACCUUUUUCACUCUUCUAAUGUUUUACAUUAAAUUAAGAAAAACUGACUAAUCGAUACUUUCUAUUAAAUGAGUUUCAUAUCACAUUUGUUAUAGCGAAGAGUCCUAUAUCUAACUGAUAAAUCUAACUUCCUUUAAGAAAUUGAAAUUAAAGUGAUCAAACCCGACAGUGUUUAUAGAUCAUAGUGUCCUAUUAAAUAUAAAUCUCUAAUUGAUGUAUUAAAUUGAUCUUAUAUUUUCAAUCUAUUUUAAAUGAUGAAAUUCUGUCAAAAUUUCAAUACUGCGUGGAGUUAUUUAAUCAAUUUCAAACAGUAUUAUUAACUUAUUAUUAGAAAAAAAAAUUCACAGAUGAAAGGAGCUGUAACAUUUAUUGGGCUAUUUUGGUAAAACAUUUGAACAAAACUGUAUCACAUAAUAUAUAAAAAAAAAGACUAGAAUGUACUGUGAUUAUAUACAUUUUUCAACAUAUGAAACUAUUAUUACUA